AACAUAUACACUAUACACUAUAUUGCCAAAAGUAUUGGGCCAGCCCUCCAAAUCAUUGGAUUCAGGUGUUCCAAUCACCUCCAUGGCCACAGGUGUAUAAAAUCAAGCCCCUAGGCAUGCAGACUGCUUCUACAAACAUUGGUGAAAAAAAUGAAUCGCUCUCAGGAGCUCAGUGAAUUCAAGCGUGGUACCGUGAUAGGUUGCCACCUGUGCGAUAAGUCCAUCCCUGAAAUUUCCUUACUACUAAAUAUUCCACGGUCAACUGUUAGUGGUAUUAUAACAAAGUGGAAGCAACUGGGAACAACAGCAACUCAGACACCAUGUGGUAGGCCACGUAAAAUGACAGAGCGGGGUCAUCACAUGCCGAAGCGCACAGUACGCAGAAGUUGCCAACUGUCUGCA